AUGCUUGAGGGCCACGACGUCACCGGCCUACUGUCGACAAAGGCUGCAUUUCCAUGCACGGAAGCUUCUACAGUUCCCAGAAUGAAGCUCUUGAUGGCUAAAUCACCGGAGGAACAGCACCCAGUGAAGGCAGUUGGAUGGGCAGCCAGGGACUCAUCUGGCGUCCUCGCACGUUCAAAUUCUCUAGAAGGUCAAGAACGAAUGGGGCAUCACCAACUAUCCCGUUGUCCUGGGCAUGAGAUUGUGGGUGUGGUGACUGAGGUCGGGGACAAAGUGCAGAAAUUCAAAGUUGGAGACAAAGUUGGAGUUGGGUGCCUCGUCGGAUCAUGUCAUUCGUGUGAAAACUGUGCUAAUGAUCUCGAGAAUUACUGUCCAAAGGCCAUACAGACAUACAACGGUAUUUACCACGACGGUACCCCCAUGUACGGAGGUUACUCCGAUAUCAUGGUAUGCAAUGAGAGUUUUGUGAUCCGCAUUCCGGAUAACCUCCCUCUUGACGCUUGUGCUCCUCUGCUCUGCGCUGGAAUCACAACUUAUAGCCCACUUAGAUAUUUCGGACUGGACAAACCUGGCAUGCAUGUGGGUGUGGUUGGUCUUGGUGGCCUUGGCCACGCAGCUGUUAAAUUCGCCAAAGCUUUUGGAGUGAAAGUAACAGUGAUAAGUACCUCCCCUAACAAGAAGAAGGAAGCAACUGAGCGUCUCGGUGCUGACUCCUUUUUGGUCAGCCGUGACCCAGAUCAAAUGCAGGCUGCUAUGGGCACAAUGGAUGGUAUCAUUGAUACCGUAUCUGCACCUCACCCUCUGUGGCCAUUGAUUGGCCUAUUGAAGUCUCACGGAAAGCUGGUCAUGGUUGGUGCCCCAGAAAAGCCACUUGAUCUUCCAGUGUUUCCUCUGCUAAUGGGGAGAAAAAUAGUGGCUGGGAGUUGCAUUGGGGGCAUUAAGGAGACGCAAGAGAUGAUUAAUUUUGCAGCAAAGCACAAUAUAACGGCAGACAUUGAGCUUAUUCCGAUGGAUUAUGUCAACACUGCAAUGGAGCGAUUGGUGAAGGCCAAUGUUCGAUAUCGAUUUGUCAUAGACAUAGGCAAUACUCUGAAGGCUGCUUAA